UAUCAAACAAACCGGCGGCGUUGCAGCUGGGUUUUGCCGCGCGCUCAAAGGCGGCACAUACCGGACGAUAGGAAGCGAGGCGAUAUAUUUGGUGCGCGCUCUACUCGGCGGCAUUGUGUGCGGCAUCGCUGGGCGCUGCGAUUUGAAGACAUUAACAGCAUCCGAAGAGAAGCAUCAUGGCAGGUUGUUGCGAGGAAGAGUGCCCCGUGGGCUACAGCUCUCCUUUGGAGGCCGCCUGCAAGGGCCGCCGCGAGAAGAUCGUCUACGUGCCCUGCAUCGUGCCUUCCAAGGAGAGGCCCGACUACCUGGCGGUCGUCUGCGUCGACCACCACUCGCCGGACUUUUGCAAAGUGAUAUACCGACUGCCGAUGCCGUACAAGGGAGACGAGCUUCACCACAUGAACUGGAACACGUGCAGCAGCUGCUACGGCAAGCCCAACAAGCGGCGCAACCGACUCAUCCUGCCUAGCCUGAACAGCGACCGUGUCUACGUGGUCGACCUCAGCCACAACAUCAGGAAGCCCACUAUUCUCAAGGUCGUAGAACCCGAAGAGAUGCACGCUCUUGGCCUCGCCACACCUCACACGCCCCACUGCCUCGCCGAUGGCAACGUCAUGAUCAGCACAAUGGGCAAACCCGACGGCAGUGCCAAAGGCUGCUUUUUCAUUCUGGAUGGUACCACGCUCACGCUUCGCAAUGCAUGUGAGCAGUCGUGCCAGUGCGCCGACUUCGGCUACGACUUCUGGUACCAGCCUCGGCACAACGUCAUGGUCAGCAGCCAAUGGGGAGCCCCAUCUGCCUUCAAGAAAGGCUUCGACUUGCAAGACGUCGAGGAUGGAAAGUACGGCACUCAUAUCGACAUCUGGGAGUGGCCUGCACUGGUUCAUCAGAAGAGCCUAGAUUUGGGAACCGAAGGAUUAAUGCCCCUGGAGGUUCGCUUUUUGCAUAAUCCGGAAGCCAGCGAAGGCUACGUGGGCUGUGCUCUAGGAAGCACUGUCUGGAGGUUCUUCAAGGACCAGGACGGUUCAUGGAGUGUGGAAAAGGUCAUCACUAUCCCACCAAAGAAAGUGGAGGGCUGGAUUCUUGAAGACAUGCCCGCGGUCAUCACGGACAUACUGAUAUCCCUGGACGACAAGUAUCUCUACUUCGUCUGCUGGAUUCACGGGGACAUUCGUCAGUACGACAUCACUGACACUCGGCAUCCGAAACUCGUUGGUCAGGUUUUCACUGGAGGAUCCAUCUACAAAGGUGGCCCAGUGACUGUGCUCCACGAUGAAGAACUCGAGGAGCAGCCUGAGAGGUGUGUUAUCAAAAACAAGGCUAUAGAAGGUGCUGCCCAGAUGUUGCAGCUUAGUCUGGACGGCAAGCGACUCUACGCCACCACGUCGUUGUACAGCGCCUGGGACAAGCAGUUCUACCCGGAGCUUAUAACGAAAGGCGCCUCGAUGCUUCGCGUGAAUGUGGACAACACCAAGGGUGGCCUGUCCAUCGACCGCGACUUCCUGGUCGAUUUCGGCAAAGAGCCCGGCGGUCCCGUGCUGGCACACGAAAUGCGCUUCCCGGGUGGAGAUUCCACGUCGGACAUCUGGCUCUGAAGGCAGCAAGGCAGACGCUUGGAAACCGGCCGAACACUUUCGAUCCGAAUCCUGCACGAAUUCGAUCUGUUUCGCCCGAGGAAGGUGGCUUUGUUUGGUGUAGUGGGGAAGAUAGGAUGUGUAGUGUUGUCGACUUGUAUCGGAAAUGGGUCACCCUUACUACUUUCAAGGGUUUUUUGAAAUCUACUAUCUAGUUAAAAUAAUUGACUUGUGAAACGGUCUUUUUUGUUAAUAAAAUUUUUAAAAAUAA